AUGCCCGUUCUUCGCGAACAACCACCAUCCCCUUCCCCAAAGUCUCCAACCGAGCCCCCCGCUGCACCGCGACCGCAGUCCUCCCGCCCAUCGGCCUCCUCGGAUCUUUCCUCCUCCUCCUCCUCUUCCUCCUCCGUGCCUUCGCUCACCAGCGAAGAGUCCGCCACAUCCUCGUCGGACUCUGAAAUCCUCGCCUACCCUCUCGGGCGACUAUCAUUGCAAGAUCAGGGUCGGUCUCACCCGCCGCUCGUGCAGCCCAAGGCACCCAGCAAGGUACACUUCCCGCCCACGUCAUCCCCGCCAGCACCCAACCGCGCUCUCGAUCAGACAGCCACACGGAACGAGCGGUCGGUGGCCAUGCUCGAGCGCGAGCAUCACCCAGAAUGGCGCAGUGCGGGCAGGGACAGCCCAGCUCCUUCCCCCGCUUUCGCCGCUUCUCCCCUCCCCUACUCUCCUCUCGCCUCCGCCUCCGCCUCCGCCGCCGCCGCCCGCCCGACCGCCCCUCGCCGGGCGUCGUCAUACUCUAAACGCCACGCUUCCUUCGACUCGCCUAGAGAAAUCCCUCUGCCAUACAUGCCCCACCGCGAACCCUCCUACCCCACACCAUCCUCCUCCACAUCCCACUCACAAGGCCCCGGCAUCGACUCCAACUCGCCCACCCGCCUCACCUGUCUCGCAUCGGACUCGUGGCCAGAUUCGUCACGACAGGCCUACGGCGAGACCGCCGCCAGCUCGUCCUCCGACAGCACACCGUCGACUUCGUCGUCGCCCCCCACGUCGAUGGGCGGCGAUCCAAAAGCGUCAAGGGCGUCGGUCGCGGACUACAUGGACAUGUCGGACUCGGGUCCGUCCAGUACGCUCUUCCACUCCUCUCGUGGCGUACAGCACCCCCGUCCCCAGUCGCCGCGGUUAGCGUCGUCGUCGUCAUCGUCGACAGCGCUGCCGCUCUUCACGCGCCCGUUCUCGUCGCCCGACGCGUCGCGGGCUAUCAUCUCACCCCGGCCGAUGCGACCGCCCGGAGUGCCAGACCGGGGGUCGACAGCAAGUCUACCGCUCCCGGCCGACACACCGUUGCACACGCUGCCUGCGCUCGCGGGCGGACCAAUCCAGGAGGAUGUGGAGAUGGUGUCGGCAGCGCCAACACGGCCAUCGUCGAGCCGGCCGAGCGUUGGGAGUCAUCAGGCGUCGACGUCAUUGGUGCCGUCAUCGUCGGGGUGGGCUGCGCGGCGGUCGCCAUCGCUGGUGUCGGAGAUGGAACAUGAGGAGUUCAUGUCACUCGUCGCGAACCGCAUCGUCCACCGCGCCUAUUCGGCCUCCGCCCUCUCCCCCCACCACCCCACAUCCGCGGAGCGCCCUUAUCCCCCGCCUGCGCCGCCAACGGUGCUCACCCCGCCGCCACCACCGCUGAGCCAAGCGCGCGGACCGGCAGCACCUUACGAGCCGUUCCUCGCGCACGCACCGCCGCCACAAGACAGCUAUGUCGCGGUGGACACGCGUCCGACGGAAUACCGACUCGUGGUCCGCUUACCAGGUUUCAGGCGGGACGCGAUCACGGUUUCAUCGCGCAAGAGGCGAAUUCUGCAUGUCGUCGCCGACUCGUGGGAGCCCAACGGGGGCCACUUCGAGCAGCGGAUAUCGUUUGGAUACGACGCCAUCCUCACCCAGGUCCGAGCCGAGUUCGACGGAGAACACCUCCAAGUGAUCGUCCCCCGCAGGGCCGUCCCCAUGACGUGA